GCGCCGCCUCCGCCAUGCGGUCGGACCCCCCCCGGUACCGGGAGAGGCGUUACUGGGACGAGCGGUACCGGGAGGGGGCCGCCGAGCCCCGGGAGUGGUUGGGGGGCUUCGGCCGCUUCAGCGAGCUGCUGGAGGCAGAGCUGAGGCACGGAGACAGCGUGCUCGUCCUCGGCUGCGGGACCAGCGCCCUGAGCUACGAGCUGCACGAGCGGGGCUACCAGGACGUCACCAGCAUCGACUUCUCGCCCGCCUGCAUCGAGGCCAUGCGCGCCCGCUACGCCCGCUGCCCCCGCCUGCGCUGGGCCGUCAUGGACAUGCGCGCCCUCGCCUUCCCCGACGCCUCCUUCGACGUGGUGCUGGAGAAGGGCACCCUGGACGUGCUGCUGGUGGACGAAAAAGACCCCUGGCGCGUCUCGCCCCGGGCCGCCGCCGCGAUGCACCGGGUGCUGGCGGAGGUGAGCCGGGUGCUGCGCCCGGGGGGCCGCUUCCUCUCCAUCACCUUCGCCCAGCCGCAUUUCCGCGCCCCCCACUACGCGCAGGAGGCCUUCGGCUGGUCCCUGCGGCACGCCGCCUGCGGGGACGCCUUCCACUACUUCCUCUACGUCAUGUGCAAGGGGCAGCCCCUGGCCGCCUCCGACCUGGCCCUGGGGGAACGGCUCUGGCACCCCCCCGCGCCCCCCAGCCCGCCGCCCCCCCUGGAUGAGGACGAGGACGAGGACUACCUGCUCGCCAUCCAGCUGUGACCUGGCGGGGGGCACCCCCCCCGCCUCCUCUGUGCCUUGGUUGUGUGGAUUUAUGGGGUGUGAGCGAUGGGGGGGGGGGGGGGCCUCCUUGUGCAGGGGGGGUUUCCUAAGCGGGGGGGGGGGGGAGCAGGGCAGACAGGGCCGCGCCUCGCUCAUCCCUUCCCCCCCCCCCUCCCCGUGCUCUGCUCCUCUGGAGAGCAGCCAGGGCUCGGGGCUUUGCGGCCGGUAAUGAAACCGAAGCGGGUUUAAUUCCAGGCAGCCAGCUCGGGGGGAGCGGCCCCCGGGUCCCCCCCCCCUAGGCGGGACAGGGGGACACCCCCGCGGCGGGGCAAUAUUUACCGGGCACUAGGGCUGCUAUUUCUGGCGAGAGCCCUAAGUGGGUCAGCCGUGCCCCCCCCCACCCCGUGCCAGGAACCCGCCAAGGACUCUGGGGUCGGACCCCAAAACCGGUGACCCCAAAUCCUGGGGGGGCGGUGGUGAAGCGGGGGGGGGGAACAGGCAGGGAGAAGGAGCAGGCGGUGCCGGGCUGGCGUCGGUACAUGAAUGUAUUUUAUUCAUCGCAUUUUGUUCACCAGUACAGUGAAAAAUGGCAUUUAAAUUUACAAUGGAGCAUUCGUAGAACAUCA